AAAUUGGAAUCUAUGCUGCAGAGCUCCUCGGAAAGGCUCAAGCCAAGGAUCGAGCUGAAUGACGCCUGUUGAAGGUCAGACAAGGUCACAGAUGCAAAGCGACACCGUCGAGCUAACUGACCUGUGCCAUCUGGAGGCGUAGACUGAAUGUCAGGUUGAGCUUCGGUGGAAGCCAUGGAGAAUGAUCAGCAGUGCCGGAAGAUCAAGCUCUGGUAUGUGGAUCGUAGGGAUGGAAUUAGUAACGAGUGGAAAAUGUAUUCGUGACCACGUCAAAACAGGAACAUGAGAAAACCAGGAGAGGUGGGGAGAGGCCCAACCGAUGGGAGGCAAGAGGAGGUGGUUGAGGCCAUGCGGGGGAAGGUCGAGGCCAAAGCUCCUCUUCCCUGCUGCUACCCUCCCCAGGGUGACAUCACCCCCUUGUUGGUCUUUCCCCCAGCCCCCCGGCCGGUUCGAUUCCCCAACCUCGGAUGUCUUCCAAUCAAUCGCCAAGCGACCAGAUAGCGAAAGGUUUGCUUUGGCGCCAAAUUGGAGCGUUCCACAACCUCUGGUCUCAUUCUGCUGUUCGGUGAAAGAUGAGGGGGUGCUGAGGAGGCGGGUUGGAUCAGGUACGGAACAGGUACCCGCCCUGUGCAGCCACUCUCCCUUCCCUUGGCCCAACCAAAAGCCCCCAUUUCUACAAAAGGCGCCAUCAGGUAGACCGGCGCGUAAAGAAACGCAUGAGAUAGGUAGAUAUUCCUCGAGUUUUUGAUAUGACGGAUAAUAUACAAUGAAGAGAAGAUUAAAAUCAAUGUCUAUGUCACACCAAGCUGGCCCAGCAACUGUUCAACUCG